CGGCCCCGCCGCCGCCGCCCCCCCCGGCUCCCCGUGCCGGCCGCCGCCGCCCGCGGACCCGCUGGACACCCGCAUUGUGAUGGGGGAGGAGACGCGCUGCCCCCCGCCCGAGCCCCGGGGGGGGCCCCCCGUGCCUUGUCCCUUCCCCGCGCCCCCCAAGGAGCCCCCCCCGGGCCGCCCCCCGCGCUGGACCCCGAGCUGUUCUUCACGGCCCCCUCGACGCCGGUGCGGGCCGGGGGGGCGCGGCCGCCCCCCCCCGAGGAGCCGACGGACGGGGACAGCGAGGGGCUGUGCUCGCCCCCCACGUCCCCCUCGGGCUCCUACAUGACGGCCGAGGGCGGCAGCUGGGGCUCCUCGGGCACCGCCAGCACCUCCCCGUCCUGCUCCCCCAACCUGGCGGCCGAGGCCGAAGGCCUGGGGGAGGCUGAGGGCGAGGCCGAAGGUCUGGGGGGGGCCCUGGUGCUGCCCCCCGGCCUGGGGGACCCCCCGGCCUUCCCCCCGCUGUCCCCCGAGGAGGAGGAUGACGAUGAUGAUGAUGAUGAGGACGGUCCCUUCGCCCCGCCGGGCUGUGCGGAUGAUGAGGAUGAUGAUGAUGAUGAGGACGGGCGGACGCCGGAGGAGGAGGAGGAGGAGGAGGGCUCGGGGCUGAUCCCGGCGGCGCUGCUCCCGUUCCGCGGCAGCCUCCUCUUCCAGGCCGAGGCCGUGGAGAUCUCACCCCGGGCCCCCGCCGAGGAGGAGGAGGAGGAUGAAGGCAGCACCUCGGCGUCCUUCCUGCGCUCGCUGUCCGAGAGCUCCAUCCCCGAGGGGGGGGACGAGGCCUUCGCCUUCCGCGACGACACCGACGCCUCCUCGGACUCGGCCGCCUACGACGGGGACGAGGACGAGCGGCUCUACGGCAGCGAGCGGCACGCGGGGGACGCGGCGACACCGCCGGGGACGCCCCCGGCCUCCCCCGGCCCUGCCGGUGUCGAGCUCCACCUCCGUGCCGGCUCCCCGUGCCGCCCCGCCCGCCGGGACGCGGCUCCCGGAUCCUCGGGGACGCCCCUGGCACCCCCCGGAGGGGACGCAGAGCUGGACGGCGACGCCUUUGUCACCAUCACCGGGGCGUGGCCCCCGCCGGAGCCCCCCGAGGAGGAGGAGGCGGCAGCCGCAGAAGGUUCUGGAGCGGCGCUGGGCCAGGGACCGUGCCCGGAGCUGGCAGUGACCGACCCUGUGCCCCAGGCCCCUGUGCUCUGUGCCCGGGACCCCCAGAGCCACCAGCUGGGGGGGACCAAUGGGGAGCCCCAGGAUGGCCCUGGGGGUGACAGUGAUGGUGACAAUGACCUUGAGCUCAGCGCGGGGACAGUGGGGAGCCCUGACGGCCACAGCGAGCCGGACUCUGCAGCCACCGGCCUGGUGACACCGACCCCCCUGGAUGACAGGGACACUGCGGCCAGUGACGUGGUGACACCAGUGACACCCAGCCUGAUGGACUCGGUGGCCGCUGACCUGGUGACACCGACCCCCCUGGAUGACAGGGACACUGUGGCCAGCGCUGUGGUGACACCAGUGACACCGACCCCCCUGGAUGAGAAGGACGCUGCAGCCACCAGCCCGGUGACACCCAGCCCGCCUGACGAGCCCGACACUGUGGCCACUGACACGGUGACACCAGGGACACCAACCCUGCUGGACGAGCUGGACGCUGCGGCCGCUGCUCCGGUGACAGCCAGCCUGACGGACAGCACAGCCACCAGCCUGGUGGCACCCAGCCCGUCAGAUGCUGCAGCCCCUGAUGUCGUGGCAUUGGUGGCACCCAGCCCCCCAGAUGAGCCGGACACCGUGGCCACUGACCUGGUGACACCAACCCCACUGGUGGCACCCGGCUCCCCAGAUGAGCCCGACACUGUGGCCACCAGCCUGGUGACACCAGUGACACCAAGCCCACCACAUGAGCUGGGUAUCGUGGCCACUGACCUGGUGACACCGGUGACACCCAGCCUGCUGGACAAGAUGGAAGUUGUGGACACUAUCCUGGUGACAUCCACCCUGAAGGAUGCUGUGGCCACUGACUUGGUGACAUCAGUGACACCUACCCUGAUGGCCACUGCGGCCACCAACCUGGUGACAUCAGUGACACCACCCGCCCUGGAUGAGAGUAACCCUGCGGCCACCGACCUGGUGACAUCGGUGACCCCUGCCCUGAUGGACACCACGGACGCUGCCCCGGUGACCCCGAGCGUGACGGACACCAAACCGGUGACAUUGGUGACACCAGCCUCCCAGGAUGAGCCGGCCACCGUGACCACUGAUGCGGCGACCCCCGGCCCGGUGGACACCGUGGUGGCCCCCAGCCCCCUGGCCGCUGUCCCUGCCCCGUGUCCCCCGGCCCGGGCCGUGUUCCCCGUGGCGCCGGCAGCCGGGGUGGCCCCAUCCCACGAGUCCCCGGCUGUCCCCCCGUGUCCCCUGGCGCAGGCGACGCUGUCACAGCGCCCUGGGGAUGUCCCUGAGGAGGGGGGGGACGCGGCCACCGCCUCGGCCGAGGAUUUGCCCCCGGAGCUGCCGGACGCGUCGCGCUCCCGCGCCGACUCCAGCUUCGUCACCGGAGAGGCCCCCCCGAGCCCCGCCGGGCCCCGCGGAGAGCCCGAGGAGGAGGAGGAGGAAGAAGAGGAUGAGGAUGCGGCCCCCGCGCCCCCCUCGCCGCAGUUCACGGCCUCGGAGCGGGAGGUGUUUGUGGGGACCCCCCCGGCCCCCCCCGAACCGCUCCCACCACCCGGUGCCUUUUCGGGGCGCGGGGCCGGGCCGGGUGUCACCGCCCCGCUCCGGGGGGCCCCGGGGGUCCUGCCCCCCGCCCCGCAGGAGCCCCCCACCCCCCGGCCGGGCCCUGAGCCCCCCGGCCAUGCUGCAGGGGACACCGAUGCCAAAGUCCCCCCGAGUCCCCCCGGCCCCCCCGAGCAGCAGGAGGAAGAGGAGGCCGCGGGGGGGGUCGCACCCAGCCCCCUGCCCGCCGCGGGGGCUCGGCCGGGGCCUCCUCCUGCCGAGCCCCCCUGCCCUGCACCCCCCAAACUCAGCCAAGUGCCUCCUCCUGCCGCCCUGGCCCCCAGCCCGCCCAGGCCCCCCCCCAGCCAGGAGCCCCCCCCGGGGCUGCCCCUCUCCAGGAAGCACCUCGAAGCCCCCCAGCCCUCCCCGCAGAAGGAGCCGGAGCCCCGGGGCCGGGCAGGGGGCCCAGGGGCUGGGGGGGGCCGGGCCCCCCCCCGGGGGUCUCUGCAGUCGGAGUCGAGCUCGUCCAGCGAGGCUGAGGCCCCCCAGCCCCCCCCGGCCCCCCAGCGCUGCCAGCCCAACCACCGAGGGUCCGGGAACGAGUCCGAGAGCAACGACGAGUCCAUCCCGGAGCUGGAGGAGCCCGAGGGCUCGGAGCUGCCCCCUGCCCAGCCCCAGGUGCCCCUCGGCCACGCCCUCGGCCCCGGAGAGGAACCGCUCAGCAAAGCCAAGCAGAGCCGCAGCGAGAAGAAGGCCCGGAAGGCCAUGUCCAAGCUGGGGCUGCGGCAGAUCCACGGCGUCACACGCAUCACCAUCCGCAAAUCCAAGAACAUCCUGUUCGUCAUCUCCAAACCCGACGUCUUCAAGAGCCCCGCGUCCGACAUCUACAUCGUCUUCGGGGAGGCCAAGAUCGAGGACCUGUCCCAGCAAGUGCACAAGGCAGCGGCUGAGAAGUUCAAGGUGCCCCUGGAGCACUCGGCGCUCGUGACCGACGCUGCUCCCGCCCUGGCCAUCAAGGAGGAGAGCGAGGAGGAGGAGGAGGUGGACGAGACAGGGCUGGAGGUGCGGGACAUCGAGCUGGUGAUGGCCCAGGCCAACGUGUCACGGCCCAAGGCCGUGCGGGCCCUGCGGCACAACAACAACGACAUCGUCAACGCCAUCAUGGAGCUGACCAUGUAGCAGCCGGGGGUGUCCUGGCCCCCUGUAUAGAUGCACAGAGCCCCCCCAAAUCCUUCCUGCUGCCCCCCAUCCUCCUCCUGGCCCCCUGGACUGCUCAAUAAAGGCCUCCUGCACCCCUUGGAUCGCA